CAAGAGUCACAAUGCAUCUAUACUUUUACUGUCUCAUCCUCCUAUUUGUACCAGGAGGAAACAGCCUUGGGAUCAACAGCUACCUAAAACAUAUGUCCAACAAACCACAGGAUCAUGUCAACAGAACCAAAACAGUGGAUUCCAAGGACUUGGCUGCUCUACCUCUGUCAAGCUACAUGCUUAACCUCUACCAAAGCUUCCACCAUUCAGAACUGAACCAUGGCACGGAGGCUGCUCCAUCACUACCAUCAAACCAUCGAGCUGAUAUUAUUAGAAGCCUGGCUGCAAAAAGUUUUGACCAUGGAGGAAGCAGGUGGACACUUGUAUUUGACUUCUCAUCCCUCAGUCAAGAGGAAGAACAUCAACUUGCUGAAGUCAGGUUUGACUUUAGAGCAUUCGAAGGUGCAAUUUCGGCUGAAAUGGAGGUGAUGGUAGACUUUUUACAUCAGUCCUCAUCGUGCCAAAGUAUUAGUGGAUGGUGCCAAAGCUAUCUGUAUGUCGGCUCACUUACAGGUACACUUCGGUCAAGGUCUUCAGACACCUGGGUGACCUUUGAGGCCACCGACAUCAUACACAAAUGGUUUGAGAGGAAUGAAAAGGGAAAAAGUCGUUAUGAAGAUCGCGAGAAGCAGCUUAAAAAACUGCCCAGAGCUAAGAGUGCAGAACGAAGGUAUCAGCAACAGAAUACUGAAGAUCAGCAGAUAGUGAUGAUGGUCUACUCCAACAUUUCAAAGAAAGAGAGGCUUUCGGGGACAGCCACAUUAUUACAAGAUGCUGCACACUCCAAAUAUCUAGUAGUAAUGCCUGGUAUUCAAACAAUCGCCAACACUAGAAGGCACAGAAGAAGUCACAUUUUUAAGGAACAUGUUAUGGGUAUGAAGCAUGUUCCACCUGCAGACAGCUCAAGGACUCUGUGCAGGAGAGUUGACUUCUUUGUCGAUUUUAAGCAGAUCGGAUGGGACUCUUGGAUCAUUCACCCAAUGAAGUAUAAUGCCUAUCGGUGCGAAGGUGAAUGCCCGAGUCCAGUUAAUGAAAGCGUGAAGCCAAAUAACCACGCAUACAUGCAGAGUUUGCUGAACUACUAUGUUAAAGGAAAGGCUCCUGAAGUUUGCUGUGUUCCAAUCAGGAUGAGUUCUCUCAGUAUGGUUUACUACGAUCAUGACGAUAUUGCAUUUCAGAAUCAUGAAGGAAUGAUAGUGGAAGAGUGUGGCUGCCAGUGACGAUACAAAAGACAUUUCCAGUUAUAUCAGUGUUGGAUUUAUGGAGGUCAAAGCCUAACACUGAACAAAAUAGACACAUGAAUUCUCCUACUGGCGUACAUUGUUCUACAAGCUUCAUACUUUACCAGCAUCAUUGUUAUUCUGGAGCCCAAUCAAGAACCGUUGCAGAAGAUGACAUCACCAUUUGAUUUCUAUUACAAUAUUGUGAUGGCAACUUCAUGUGAAAUAAUGCCAGUACACUGCCAGCAACACUCGAAAUGGCCGGAGUGCCGACAUCACUGAGGUUAUUGUUGGAAUCCAGGAUGUCACAGGACACUUAGCUCCAUAAAUGACUGGCAGAUGCAAAACCCCAACUUUUCCCGUGUUGAAAAAUGUACUUUAUUGCUAUGCGGACUCAUCAGAAAAAAAUAUUGUGCACUAAUGUAAAUAUGUAAGAGAAAAUGUAAUUUAUUUUUGUACCUAUUGGACUUUAUUUUGAAAGAUAAAUUAAAAAAAUAAUAACUUUUGACCAA